GAAACACAACCAUUUCAGCGGGUUUGUCGGAAAUCUGGGUCGUCAUGAAUCCGUCGGACAAUCCGGAUCUAGGUGAUUCUUGGAUAGAAGUCACCCCACACAGUUUGGGAUACAAUCCAAAUGCGAAUAAUCAUACAGAUUCUCACGUUUUUGGUGAGAAGUCUCAAACAUUUAGUUCUUUGGAGCUGAGCGGUCUGCAUACGAUAGUAGAAGAGCAGUUAUUGACUCGCUUUCUCACGGAAGCUCAAGAGCAUUCUGAUAGAACAAGUGAUGUCUCUGCAUCUAGUCCGCCACUAUCACAUGAUGGUUUGAACGCUAGUGACACAGCUGAACAACCCUCUUUACCGUAUCAGAAUACAAAUACGAUCAAAAUCUCCACUAGUAGUUAUCCGGCUGACUUCCCAGUUACGAGUUCUGGAGAGUGGGCUAGUCGACCAGAAAUAGGAGCGUAUUCUGCGCUUGUAUGUCAAACAAGUGGUUCUAAAGCGAGUUCUUCCGGAUCUCUCAACCGCGUAUCUUCCAAUAAAGGUCCAUGGUAUCUUCGCAACUCGACUUUCAUGAAAGCACGUUUUAUUGGUUGGCUCCUUGAUCAUAUUCCAAAUAUAUUAACCCAUGCAACUACAUUCCUUCUAGGAGCCAUAACCAUGCUUUUAUUUAUCCGGAAACGAGCGAAAUUCUCAAAGGUUUUCAACAUACCUUUGGACUAAAUAUGACGCUUUUUUCGAUGAUAUAGUGGACAAGAUAAGAUAACUUUGAAGUUUCUUUUAUGGAAUAUAUCACAUGCAUUAAAAUAAACGCACAUCUAUUACUACACAAAAGCGCAAAUAUGAACAUGUUUUAUUGGUUAUUUUAUAUUUUAUUUUCGUUUCACUUUCUUUUUCGAAACCCCAUGCUUGUUUUUCUUUACUGACUUUACUUUGGCAUUCAUCACUGAUAGUUUUCUCAACCUUUCUUAAAUAUGUAUACUUUAUAUAUACCACCUGGUGUUAUUAACUUCAUUGUUAUAUCAUUUUUUUCAUUUUCAUGCAUACAUAUGUGUGCGUGCGCGUGCACACACAUGUAAGUUGUUUUCCUCCUUUCAUAUUAAGCGCACACAUAUGUGAUUAUUAUGUCAUACUGGCAAUUAAAUAGGAUUGUUCCAUUCGCAAUUGUAACUACAUUCACACUUUUGUCAUCACUGUACCCUUCUACUCGAACCUGUUUUUCUGCUUACAGUAAAGUAUUUUAAUUUUUUUUCGAACACAUUAUUUUUCAUUGUCAUAAUUGUUAUUACUCUGCUUAAUAUAUUGCAAGUGUGUUUUUGUUGUUGAUUGUUUGAUUUGUUAUUGACUCAACUGUUACUAUUUUUGGAAAGGUGACUAUGUGGUCCAUUUCUUUAUUUGCCUACUUACCCUUCUGAGUUAUAAAGAAGUUUAUAAAACAUUUUUUCUUGAUCAGAAUAUGUUUUUGUGUUGGUUUUCACUUACAUUUGUUCAAUUAAUUGUUUUUUCUUGUCAUUGUCAUUAAUUUAUUCAUGAUUUUGAUAAUUUUCUGUCUUUUUCGUUUUAAUGGUCUUGGGGGUGUUGGUGUGGAAGUAGGAGUAAAUUGCUAGCAAUCCGUCCCCUAUUAGAUUAUGUUUAGUUCUGUUACUGUGUUUUUCCUUUGAUUUAACUUUUUUUCUAAAAUUUCUGAUUGGUUUACUACUCUGUAUAACUUCUUCAAUUUUUAUACUUUCCUAUUAUUACAAUGGUAAUUGGUGGGUUCAAUUUGUACAAUUUCGAGAUUUAUAUACGGAAAUAUUUUUUCUAUUUUUUAAAAACGACUCUGUAUUGUUCUCCAUUCGAUAACUUUGUCUGAAAAAAAAUCUAUGGUUCUAGGUUUUUUGUGUAUUCCUUCAUUUUUUGAAAAAUGGAAGAAAAAAGACAUUUCCAGAAUAAGAUGGGCUCAUUUUAUUUCACGGCCUUUCAUCAGCUGCAAUUAGCCUAUAAUUAGAAUGAAGAAUUAGUAGUAAUAAUGGCGAAACAUACUUUGAAUAUGUAGAAAUAAAGAGUUGAAAUCUGUGAUUAACAAUAAGGCGGAGAGCCGCGAAACAUGAUUAAUAAUCACAAGUCUUAAUCAAGAUCAAUGGCAAUUUAUGUUUGAUGAGAAAGUUUUGAAGCUGUGUAACGUGGGGGACAACUAACAGGAGUGUAAAAGAAGGGGUUGUUAAAGAGCUAAUAGGUUACGUAAUUAUAUGGAAAAUCGUUAAGUGAUUAACUGUCAGUAAGUUGUUGAUGACGAUGUGAUACAAUCAGAAAAAUGAAGAAUAUAUGCAAGGAAUUAUAUACAGUUAUCAAGGCGAAUGGUAAUUACAGUCUCUUGUUGAAUACAUAGGUAAAAUUGAAAAUGUUAGGUGGCAAGAGCUUCCGCAAACCGUGAUAAACAUGACGUUCUUUGUUGAUUAUCCUGAAGGAUUGAUAAACAUCUAUUGGAUAUGUUUCCAUCUGGUGUCUGGCGAUUGCGCUGGUGAAGAUCCUGCUUCUUUUCAGACACAGAUUUCUCUGAAUACGCUCAUUGAUUUCGUCCAAGGUUUGUAAUUAUUAAUCCUGUUUACCAGACUCCCCGCCUUAUUGUUAAUCACAGAUUUCAACUCUUUAUUUCUACAUAUUCAAAGUAUGUUUCGCCAUUAUUACUACUAAUUCUUCAUUCCAAUUAUAGGCUAAUUGCAGCUGAUGAAAGGCCGUGAAAUAAAAUGAGCCCAUUUUAUUCUGCAAAUAUCUUUGUUCUUGCAUUCUUCAAAUUUGUCAAGGGAACUAAAAUGUAUGACAUUUUUAAAAGGUCGCCUCCAUUUCUUGUCAAACAACUUGUUGUCAUUUGUUUAUAUCUGCUGUCGUAUUCAUUAUUUACAACUUAUCAUUUUGUUGGUAUUUGGGGUGUAACUCAGGUUUCUAUCAGUUGGUAAGUCGGUUCGCGCAUGUUCAAGCUUUUUUGAUAGUGGCUAAUCAAUUCUAUGUUCCGUAAAAUAAAUAGAAGUCAACCAACUCCCCAUUACUGGUUUAAGCGUGUUUGAGAAAUUUCGGCUUUGCUGUGCAGUCGAAAUCCAGCCACUCAUCUUAGUGUUUUUUUGAUGUCAUGGAAAAUAAAAGUGCUUAACAUUUUCAUGCCUUGCCUGCUCUUCUUACGAUAUAUAUCUAAAUAGUCUUUAGAUAUCACUGUGACAAAUUGAUACAGUUAACAUAUUGUAUCUAAUAUCUUUGAGAACAAGAAAGAACACUGCGUUAGUUCAGAUCACUCUGAAACAUGAUGAAGAAAAGAGUAAUGUCCCGGCAGUGUUUUAUGUAAGCGAUUAGAUUCCUCCCUUUCUUCCCUACAAAGUAU